AUGAGAAACAUCUUUAGCAGCAACUCUCCAUCUCCUUCCUUGGCUCUUCACUUCCUUCUACUCUUUCUCCUCUUUCACAUUCUGUCUUUCUCGCCUCUACUCGCCACAUCCACGCCCGCAUCGACGACAAUAGAACGAAGCGAGCAGGGUAUCUCGUUCCUUGUUAUUGGCGACUGGGGCAGCGGGGACAAUCCCACGUAUGCUCCCACCCAAGCUGCUGUAGCCCAGGCCAUGGCCCAAGUUGGCCUGCAGGAGAAGAUCCAGUUCGUGGUGUCGGUGGGCGACAACUUCUACGAAGACGGAGUGCAGUCCACGACCGACCCCAAGUGGGCCACUUCCUUUGUAAAUAUGUACACCGGAGAGGCGCUGCAGAAGCGAUGGUACCAGAUGCUCGGCAACCACGACUACCAGGGCAACGUGGACGCACAGCUGAAGUACAAGGCCGAUCCACGAUGGCACAUGCCCGGGAGAAACUACACUUUCUCCCUGCCCGUGACCGGCGACAUUCGAGCCACCUUCAUCGUGAUCGACACGACUCCCUUCGUGAACGAGUACUACAACUACCCGCAAAACGAAGAAAUGCGCAACCAACUCCGAGACCAGCACUGGGAGGGGCAAUUGGAGUGGGCCAAGGCCGAGUUCAAGAAGGUGCCCAAGAAGGACUGGCUGAUCGUCUUUGGGCACCAUCCAGUCUUCUCCGGCCACAAGGUCGAUGGCCAAAACGAAUUCCUUGGUGGGCACAGAGAGCUGCAGGCCACCAUCCAACCGCUUCUGGAGCAGCACGAAGCUUCGGCCUAUAUUUCAGGUCACGUACACGACCUUGAGCACGUCAUGUUCAACAAUGUACAGUACUUCGUGUCCGGCGCUGGCUCUCGAGUCAAGCUCUUGACGCGCUCCCAGGAAAGUGCCCUGCUGGAGUCGUACUUCCAUCACGACGGCGCCGGCUUCAUGUCGCUCUUCCUUGGCAAGGACAACAUGACCGCCACCUUCUACGACGAAACCGGCGCCCAGCUCUACUCUUCCCACAGCAAGCGAAAGGAGCGUGCGCUGCCCGUGCUCGACUUCCAUCUGCUGAUGCAGUGGAAUGGCAGUCUGCUGCUGCUGCUCUUCGUGCUGGCCAUGGUCAACGUGAUCGCGCUGGGCGUGUUGCUGGUGAUCUACCUCCGCAGGCGCCAGCGGCGCCGAAUCCAGAUGAUCCCCAUGCAGCCGCUGGGCGGCGCCCACUACGAGAUCGGCGACGAUGGGGACGACCCCGAGGCGCACCGGAUCGGAAUCGAAGAAGAGGCCUCGACCAACGGUGACUAUGAUCACGACGACGGUGAAGAAGAAGAAGAAGACAAUAAGAAGGCCGACGGCACCGAGAAGGAGAAGGAGGCCGCCGCCGAGCAACCCACACAAGCCUCUGGCGUCUGA